AUGGCAUCCCACGCUCAACGUUACCCUGGUGGACAUUGGAGUGCGAACAAUCCUGUUCCCACAGUCCAAAAGUACCUACACGGCUUGGAUAAACAAAAGAAAGAGCGGGAUAAACAAAUCGAUGAAGCUAACAAGCUCCAGGAAGAAGAGGAUCACAAUAAGCGUAAGCAAAAGGAACAGCCCGAUGAGGAUACGGAUGUAACACCCCACCACGCCACUUUGCAGCCGAGGAAACGGGGACGCAAAGUUACAGACCCGACGACUGGUAGAGAAGUGGAGAUUGAUGAUGUUGGGGAGGAUUUUAUUGCAGCAGUUAAGGAACCAAUGCUCUCAGUACCCAACUCAAAUCUUGGAAAACCGACGCCGCUCAAAACCGAGCCUACUCAAGAUUUACGGGAAUACAAAUACGUGCAAGAUAUCACCGCUCCGCCAGAUCCUAUUGCCGAAGGCACUACAUCCGAUGUGCCAAUCCACGGAGAGAAGACCAACAUUUUGUUUCAUCCCACACCUUCUGUCAGCUAUGAGCCAAUGUACAAAGCUUUGGAGAGGCGUGGAACGGUGCUUUCUAUAUGCAUAUUCCUGGGUAUCAUAAUACCGGGAAAAUGGAUUGGUGGCUCGCUGAAGGGCCUCAUUCCACUCGCUUUCUGCAUAACUUCCGGGGUGUGGCUGUGGAUACAAGAUCUUAUCCGCAAAGGAAGAGAUAUUGAAUGGAGCAGCGAACAACUUCGCGGUGAAACGGCCACAGUCAAUCUCUUACCAGAGUCAGUUGAAUGGAUGAACACGUUCCUGUCACUAGUCUGGGGCAUGCUCAAUCCGGACAUGUUCGCCAGCGUUGCGGAUACAAUUGAGGAUGUUAUGCAGGCUUCCGUACCGGGAAUAAUCGAGAAUGUCCGUGUGGCCGAAAUCAAUCAGGGGUCAAAUCCUUUCCGAAUACUUAGCUUACGGGCACUACCAGAUAGCCAUGUUCAGGACCUCAAAAAAGCGGCUUAUGAUCAUAGCAAGGAAACCAAAUCUCCUCAAGAGGCAGCUGCGGAUGAGGAGGGAGGAUCCCAUUACAAUCUCGAAUGCUCGUUCGCUUACCAUGCUAAGCCAAGCGGCCGGAGCUCUUCCUCCAAAGCUACCAACAUGCACAUGCUUUUAGUAUUUUAUUUGGGUGUUAAAGGACUUUUUGGUCUCCCACUUCCUGUGUUCACAGAAUUGAUUCAGCUCGUUGGCACUGUGCGACUUCGCCUACAAUUGACUCCCGAACCACCUUUUGCGAAAACACUGACGUUUAGCUUGAUGGGCGUCCCCCAUGUCCGAGCUGGGUGCGUUCCGAUGGUCAAAAGAGGAGUCAACAUCCUCAAUUUACCGUUGAUUUCCAAUUUUGUUAAUUACGCCAUUAAAACUGUUGCGAGCAUGUAUGUUGCGCCGAAGUCAAUGUGUAUUGAUUUGGGUAUGAUACUGCAAGGAGACACCGUGCAGAAAGAAACCUUAGCCCUUGGUAUUCUGUGGGUCAGGAUACACCGAGCUACAGGGCUUAGCAAACAGGAUAGGCGAGGAAGUGGAGGCGGAGGUAGCGACCCUUAUAUCAAUCUCUCGUUUUCUAAAUACGGAAAGCCAAUGUACUGUACCAGGGUUAUUACCGAUGAUCUUAAUCCAGUUUGGGAGGAGUCAGCAGCUUUGCUGGUGACACCGGAGCUCAUUAAAGCUGAUGAACAACUCAGCGUGGAAUUAUGGGAUUCUGACCGUAACACAGCUGACGACAUUGUUGGAAAAGUUGAAAUUUCCAUACAAAAGAUGUUGAAACAUCCAGGUAAAAUAUACGAACUGACGUCAAGGCUUCAAGGGAUGGACUCCGGUUCUGAGAUGCCGGGAGAACUUCAUUGGGAAGUUGGUUAUUUUGGAAAACCACAAUUUAGACCAGCUCUUCGCACCGAUGCAAAUCUUCCUUCUACGAUGGAAAAUGACCCAGCACUGCAAGACGACAAGGGCAAUAUUAAUUCUGACGAAGCAUAUGCCGUCGCUCAUACGCCUCCUGAUCCUCUUUGGCCCAGCGGUAUUUGCAGUAUUGUCGUCCACCAAAUUGUGAACUUGGAACUAGCAAAUAUUAAAGGCAGUUUUUCGAAUGGCCGCAAGGGAGAUAAAGACUAUGAACCCGCGAAACCAUAUGGUGAGAACACGGAUGAAGAGGGGAAAGAUCUUCCAACGAGUUAUUGUACUAUUCUCCUGAACGAUGAACUGGUAUAUCGCACUCGAGCAAAAGCUGUAACAAGCAAACCCAUUUUCAACGCAGGCACGGAGAAAUUUGUACGGGAUUGGAGAUCUGCGAUUGUGACUAUAACUGUUAGGGAUCAGAGGCAUCGGGAGCAUGAUCCUAUUCUAGGUGUCGUUCCCCUUAAGCUCUCCGAGAUUCUACAGACAAGUUCCCAAGUAACGCGAUGGUACCCGCUGGAUGGAGGAAUUGGUUUCGGACGCAUUCGUGUGUCACUUUUGUUCCGGAGUGUCGAGACAAGGUUACCGCCUCCUCUGCUUGGAUGGGACGUGGGAACGUUUGAGAUCACCUCAGAUCGUAUUACCGCGUUGAAUUAUAAUCAUAUUGCCAAGCUAAAAUUGCGAACGAGUGGAAGCAUAGCUUCACUACCGCGAGGAGCCUGUCACCAACUCGAGGAUAGUAAAGGGAUUUAUUUUGAUAUCAGUUCGAAAGAGCUGAAAGAUCGAAUCCGUCUCCCCAUCAAACAUCGGUUCAGAAGCGCAAUUAUCUUCGAAUUCCACAAGGGAGACACCCCUGUUUGUGCCGUGUUCUGGCUCCAUGAAUGCGUUGACAACGAGGACAAGGACUUUGAUAUCCCGAUCUGGAGUACGAAGAAUGAAACACGUCUGACACAAAACUAUAUCACUGAAAACAACUGGCAAGAGAAACUGGUACCGGGCCUGGAGGACCUUAAGAUUAUAGGGCGUUUGCAAUUCAAAGUUCGAUUCUCCGCCGGUAUCGAUGAGAGUCAUCGCCGUUUCAUUAAAGACAAUAACUCCCGUGAAACGUUCGAGACAUGGGAAUCAUGUAUAUCUGAAGGCGUCAGGCCUAGAAUUGUGUCAAGGAAAUUACCUUACACCAUUAAAGAGAUUCAUGACAAAUCCCUGAUCCAAGAACGAGAUAUCCUCAGACAAGUUAACCCUAACGACCGAAAGCUCUGGAUAAGCGAGGACGGAGUUGACUGGAGUGAGGCAUUUGGCAGUGAUCCGGAGUCUCUCGCGGAUUACCAGCGACGAAACCUAGUUGAUAUAGGCGUUGAAGACCGUGUCCGAGAUGUAACACCAUCUAUGACUCGCCAGAAGCGGAUGAGCGAAGAGACUUCUAGCUCAGGUCAGGCAAGACGCGAUUCGGGCUUUGGCAACGACGGAGUCAACAUUCAAGAUAGCCAUGCUGCUGGACGCGAGAGAGAACAUGUCGUGAGAUCUGGUGGUGAUGUCAAGGUCGAUGAUGACGAUAGCUAUGAACAACAGUCCACUUCUGGUACAGAUGCAGAUGAAGCCGAAUCACUCACUGCCACAGACACCAAUCGCCGCUCAAUGGAAACGAAUGAGGAGCGUGUGCGGAGAAUCGGUAACAAGGCUAAUAAGCGGACCGAACGCCGCAAGCAACGGGGGAUUAUGCAGUGGAGGCCGGCCCGCAAUGCCGCGUUUGCGAAAGAUGAGGCUACGUUCGCUUUCAAAAAGGUUAAGAAUAAGUUUACGGGUGGCCUUACAGGGAGGGAGCCGGAUAUUGAGACGGAGAUUGGGUAG